UUUAAAAGGAGGAAGUGACAUGAGGUGGGGAGAGACGUCAGCUGAGGAGCCCUCUCCUUUCCUUUUUUUUUAAGGACCCACCCCUAGGGUGGAGUCUGGCUUUCUUUCACCGUGUUGGCAGACUUUCAGCUCAUGCAAAAUAGUGGCAAUUUCCCAGCUUCGGUCUUUGGCGUUGCUUUCCAAAGCAUCUCUGUCAAGCUCUGGCUAGCACGAGCUACCUUUCUGAAUUCCUGGAUUACUUCUGUGCUUUCUGGAAGCUUUGGUGUGCUGCCUUAAACCAUGGACAUAAUUGGGUUUCUGAAGUCUCAGUUCAUUUGCCACCUUCUUAUCAGUUACAUAUUUAUAGUGUCGGGACUGAUUAUCAACUUCAUUCAACUCUUCACACUAGUUCUCUGGCCAUUCAACAAGCAACUUUUCCGGAAGGUCAACUGCAGGUUGGCUUACUGCAUUUCAAGCCAGUUGGUGAUGUUGCUGGAAUGGUGGUCGGGCACUACUUGCACCCUCUACACUGAGCCACAGAAUUGCCACAAGUACGGGAAAGAGAAUGCCAUCGUAAUCCUUAAUCACAACUUUGAAAUUGACUUUCUCUGUGGUUGGAACUUUUGUGAAAGAUUUGGGGUUUUAGGGAGUUCCAAGGUACUUGCAAAGAAGGAACUUUCUUAUAUGCCAAUCAUUGGCUGGAUGUGGUAUUUCCUCGAGAUGGUCUUCUGCAAGCGCAAAUGGGAGGAGGAUCAGAAAACUGUCAUGCAAGGCCUGAUCAAUCUCCGGGACUAUCCUGAACACUUCUGGUUCCUGAUUCACUGUGAAGGUACAAGGUUCACCGAGCAAAAACACCAAAUCAGCAUGCAGGUGGCAGAAGCCAAAGGCCUGCCCAAGCUCAAGCAUCACCUCUUGCCACGAACGAAGGGAUUUGCUGUCACUGUCCAGUGUUUGAGAAAUGUAGUUUCAGCUGUGUACGAUUCUACACUGAACUUUAGAAAUAAUGAAAAUCCAACUUUGCUGGGAGUUUUAAAUGGGAAAAAAUACCAUGCAGAUUUAUAUGUAAGGCGGAUUCCAUUAGAGGAAGUCCCAGAAGAUGAGCAGGAAUGUUCUAAUUGGCUUCACAAACUCUAUCAAGAAAAGGACUCCUUUCAAGAGGAAUACUAUAGAACAGGAAUCUACCCAGGCACUCCGAUAGUGCCACCUCGGCGACCAUGGACUCUUUUGAAUUGGCUUUUCUGGGCCUUGUUGCUGCUGUAUCCUUUAUUCAAGUUGCUCAUCAACAUGAUCAGUAGCGGCUCAUCACUGACUCUUGCUCCUUUUGCCUUUGUUUUCAUUGCAGCAUCUGCUGGUGUUCGAUGGAUGAUAGGAGUCACAGAAAUUAACAAAGGUUCAACUUAUGGCAACCAUGGUCACAAGGGGAAAAGAAAGUGAAAUCUCCAGGAACUGCUUCAAACCCAAAGGGAACACGUGCACCUGUUAUGAACUGCUGUUGCAUAUCAUUCUCCUUCAGACAUGAGGAUGAGGAAGUCUAUUGGAGAGAUGGUCAUCCAUUACCUGAAUUCAUUCUCCUCCCCACACCUUCCUUCUCCAUUUCUGCAGGGCAUAUUAUCAAUUUUCUGCACAUGAUUCCCCCACCCCCCUCAAUCAAUUUUUAAAAAUUGGUUUGGUGUUUUUUUUACAAGCAACAUCUUUAAAAUUAAGGAAAAGAAAA